AUGGGGAACUAUGUUUCGUGCACUUUGGCAACGCCUUUGAUGAAAAACUCCAAGGCAGUGAGGGUGGUUUUUCCGGGCGGCGAAGUGCGGCAGCUCCGGGAUCAGAUCGUCAAGGCAGCGGAGCUCAUGCUGGAGUGUCCCAACUUCUUCUUAGCCAAUUCAAAGUCUCUUCACAUCGGCAGGAGAUUCUCCGCCCUCGCCGCAGACGAGGAAUUGGAAUUCGGUAAUGUCUACAUCAUGUUUCCGAUGAGACGAGUGAACUCCGUCGUCACCGCCGCCGAUUUGGCUGUGUUUUUCAUGGCUGUUAACUCUGCCGCCAAGCGGAUAUCCGGUGGAAAAGUCAAUGGAAAAGAAGGUAAUUGUGAUUGUGGUGUGGAACAGAGUGGUGGCGAUGAAGAGGCGAAGCGGCAAACGACGACAUUGAGUUUAGAAGGAAUUGAAGGGUUCGAUCAAAUCGUGCCGGAAUUCAAAUACAGAUUAGCUGCAUGCAGAUCCAGGAAACCUAUGUUGGAGACCAUAAAGGAGGAGCCAAUUCGUUUAAGAUAA